AUGAUUAGUGAUAGAUUUAUUAAUAUUAAUAAACUAAAUGAAUUAAAUAAGGACAGAAACAACGUUUUUAGCAACACUGACCCAGACUAUGACACUAACAACGGCAACAACAACAACAACAACAUCAACAACAACAUCAACCACAACAGUAACAAUGUUGCAACGACCACACGUGACUACACAAAACAACCGCAAUCUCACAACUCGAAUCUUCCAACUACAAAGCAAAAGAACGUCAAAAAUAAGCAAGAACUUAUUCGCAAUAUUUGUUUCAACGUAUGCCUGAGUUGUAGAUUGAAAGUGACCAAUCAUAUUCUUCUCAUCGUGCACUCCAUUAAAAGUCAGAACCACAAUGACAUCACAUUAUAUUUGUCACGUAGUUCUAAACUGACAACCGCCAUAUAG